AUGGAGUUCCAGCACGGGUUUUACGAGCAAGAGGAUAACAGCUCCAGCUUCGCGCCAGAUAUCACCCCGAUAAAAGGCUUCACUAUCCCCACGCCUCACAACUACUUCUGUCUGUGCACUGAGUGCUACAAUCACAAGAUCUUUGACAGGCAAGGAAACGAAUAUAAAGGCUUGAGUGAUAAAUGCAAGAAUUUCGCUGUGGAUUUACUUGACCACUGCCGGACAAACGAAGAGGUGAUGGCAGCCCUUCAUGGGGGCACGGACACAAAGGAUUUGUCCAGGAUCAAGAUGGCUAUUAGAUACGAACAGAAGAAGUUUAUUUCUCACGCCAGCUGCCAGGAACACUUAGCCAGUAUGUGGUAUUCGGGGGCUGCCUGGUUUCAGCACCAGAACUUUCCAGUCAAACUGAUCAUGGUGCCUUUUGGAGUUAUCUUCAUACCAGUGACAGCAAUCAUAUACGUCCUGUUGCCGUACUCCAGAGUCGGCAAGAUUCUCAAGUCACCGUUCAUGAAGUUCAUGAACUACAUCUGUUCAUAUACGGCCUUCCUCGGCCUGUUGUUUCUGGGAACCCAGCUGUCCUCUGUCAGAAGCUCCAACCUGUUUUCGGGCACCGAAGGCGUGGUGAACGGGACCUAUCCUUAUUUCAUGAUACGCAUACAUAGACCAAACACCAAAUAUCAACACGCAUUUGUUUUCCUUGUGCUCUCUGUAGGGAUGUUCUGGGCAGAAUGUAAGCAGCUCUGGGAGGAAGGACUCCAAAUCUACUUCUCUCAGAUGUGGAACUAUAUGGACAUCACCAUGCUCGCCCUGUACACAGCCGGCUACUCCACCGAGGCGGUCAUCUACAGGAAAACACAAGGAUACGCCAGUAGCCUGGACCACAGAGAUGAUGAGACCAUUCUCAACCCACAGAUUGUCUCUAAAGUUCUCUUUUCCGUGGCCAACGUCAUGAGCUUUGCCCGUAUCGCAUACAUCCUCCCAGCCAGUGAGACCUUCGGGCAACUUCAGAUCUCCUAUGGGCGAAUGUUGCAGGAUGUGGGCAAGUUCAUUUUCAUCUACUUCACGGUGAUGAUCGCCUUCAUCUGUGGUCUGACCAGCCUGUACAGUAUCUCCAGGAACGACAACUUCGCAGGCCUGAUUGAGACAACGGGAACUCUCUUCUGGGCCGCCUUCGGGAUGGGCAACUCCAAAGCCCCGGAAAUACUUCAUGGCGACUUUGAGGAAAAUGGCAAGAAAGAAAAGGUGGAACACCGGGCUAGGGGUGGCCAGAUCCUGGACAGAGGUCAUCUGGCGGUCAUCGAGACUGUUGGCUACAUUCUUUAUGGUGUCUACAUCCUGGGGGCCGUGGUGGUUCUCAUCAACAUGCUCAUUGCCAUGAUGAGCAACACUUUUGAGGAGAUUCAGAAAAGUGAAGACUGCGAAUGGAAAUUCGCACGAGCCAAACUCUGGAUAUCCUUCAUUGAACAAGGCACCACUCUACCGAUCCCAUUCAACAUAAUCCCAACCCCAAAAUCCGCACUGAAGCUCAUGCGUUUGUUUCGGGAUUGGAUUUGCUACGGAGAAGCCAUAAUGCACCGGGUCGUACUGCGCUACAUUCAUAAAAUGAAGUUUGAGAAGAAAGGAGAGAGUUUGAAAGAUGAAAUCCUUGACACUCGUGAAGAGGUCAUCUUUCAGUUACAUUCAAUAUUUGGCCGUCUUGCGGCCAGGCUAGAAAUGCUGGAGAAAGAUGUUUAUGCUAUCUCCAAGUCUGGGCUGGUAUCUCAG